AUGGCUCAAAAGAUUUCGUCAAUUGCAAAAACUGCAAACUUGGCCUCGUCUGCGGUCAAGUCUUCUGCCGCGAGGGCCAUGAGAAUCAACCACCCGGUCAGACCUGCCUCCUCUGCUGCUGCUCCAACCACAAUGACUGUCAGAGACGCCUUGAACUCGGCCAUGGCUGAGGAAUUGGACCGUGAUGAUGGCGUAUUCUUGAUGGGUGAAGAGGUGGCCCAGUACAACGGUGCUUACAAGAUUUCGAGAGGUCUCUUGGACAAGUUUGGUCCAAGAAGAAUUGUCGACACUCCAAUUACCGAAAUGGGUUUCACCGGUCUCUGUGUUGGUGCCGCUUUAGCUGGUUUAAAGCCAAUCUGUGAGUUCAUGACCAUGAACUUUGCCAUGCAAUCAAUCGAUCAUGUCAUCAACUCCGCUGCCAAGACCUACUACAUGUCUGGUGGUAAGCAGCCUUGUAACAUCACCUUCAGAGGACCUAACGGUGCUGCUGCUGGUGUUGCUGCACAACAUUCCCAGGAUUUCUCCUCUUGGUAUGGUCAGAUCCCUGGUAUGAAGGUGAUCUCCCCAUUCUCUUCCGAGGAUUACAGAGGUUUGUUCAAGGCUGCCGUGAGAGAUCCUAACCCAGUUGUCUUUUUGGAGAAUGAGCUAUUGUACGGUGACUCGUUUGAGGUCUCCGAGGAGUGCCUUUCCCCAGACUUUGUCUUGCCAAUUGGUAAGGCCAAGAUCGAGCUCGAGGGUACCGAUGUAUCUCUGAUCUCCCACUCCAGAAACCUGAUCUUCUGUCUUGAGGCCGCCCAGAUCGUCAAGGAGAAGUACGGUGUUUCCGUUGAGGUUUUGAACUUGCGUUCCAUCAGACCUUUGGACGUUGACGCCAUCGUUGCUACCACCAAGAAGACCAACAACGUCAUCACCGUGGAGGCAGGAUUCCCAGCAUUCGGUGUCGGUUCCGAGAUCUGUGCUCAGAUCAUGGAGACUGAUGCUUUCGACUACCUUGACUCUCCAGUGGAGAGAGUCACUGGAUGUGAAGUUCCAACCCCAUAUGCCAAGGAGCUCGAAGACUUUGCCUUCCCAGACACUCCAACCGUGGUUAGAGCCAUCGAAAAGGUUUUGUCCUUGAAAGAGUAA